AUGCGGCGUCGCGAGAGCAACUUGACGCUGAACGAGGACGACGACGCAGCAGUCGAGUUGGAGCAUAUCGAGCAGCCCUGGAUGAGCGUGGAGCUGUUCGAGACGCUGUGGCUCCACGCGACGCAGCAAGUGAGCUCCAGCUGUACGUUCCUCAAGCCGGACGCGAGUGCGCAGUCGACCGGCAGUCAGUCGUUGGCGUCGUCUGGCGCCUUUAGUUUCCAGCAGCAGUUCCUCUCGACUCUCAUGAGCGACCUCGUCGUGUUCCCGCAGCAAACAGAAGCGAUGGACGCGCCCUUUGCGGUCCGAGCGUACGCAAGUGUCACGGACAAUUACGGACUCAAGACAGUGCUGCUCGUGCGGAUGGAGCAGCUGUACGGCUCGGAACAAAUCGGUAUCACCGUGAAGAACACCGACCCCGUGCGUCGGGCGCAGAUGGCUGCAUUCUUGGGGCUUUUGCAGCAAUGCAUUCAGCCAGGGCAUGCGCCCAGGAGACCGCAGCCGAGACGGAACGAUGCGUACACGAGCAAGUUGUUUCUGGAACACAGUGCCGAGCACGUAAGUGCUGACGGGCGCGCGGUAUCGUUCGAUUCACAUUCGGUGCAAGGAGUGUCGACACGAACGUCUUCUGGUGCGACUGAAGCGUUGACGGCGCCGCUGCCGGCAGAGCGCCGUCGAUCGCACACAAUACGAUAUCGGACGGAUCGCGAUAUUGCAUUCGAAGGCUACUUGAGUAAGAAAAGUGACGUGCUUGCGAGCUGGAAGGCGACGUACUGCGUGCUAGAGGAAGAUACGAUGGCAUUCUACGAGACGCGAGAAGACUUUAUCUCGAACGUGAAACUCAUCGGUCGAAUUCAGUUGCAGGCUAUCGAGGACGAAGACGCAGACAAGCCGAACGGUUUUCGUCUGAUUGCCGAAGGCAACCGUGUGAAUCAUUUGAGCUCGCGAACUGCGUUUGAGAAAGAGCAGUGGAAGCGAGCGAUCCAUAUUGCUAUUUCUAGAGCACCCGAGAUGACCUGCCUGCCGCACGUCGCGUUUGCGUCGCAGCCAUUGGAACCGCAUCAAUUUUACCGACUUCUAGGCUCGCUGUUGCGGCAAGAAGUUGAUAAUUUCCCGCUCCUCUUUCGGAGCAUGCAUCCAGAUGUUGUUGUAACGUCCAACUUUCCUCCGAUCGUGCCGUUUUGGGGCCAAUACCGCCGGUACGAUGGUGUUCUGCUCUUUUUUUCUACACUCCUAGACACGGUGACGGUGGAUAAUUUCUCUCUUUCGGAAGUAAUUGAGCUGGUACGGGGCGAUGCAGAUUGUGUCGACGAUGUUCAGCACGAUCCUGUCACUCCUUCUCCCAUCUCGGUUGACUCGCAUGUUUUGUCUCCUAAACUGGCCGACUCGCCAAAGUCGACCCCCCUCAGCGCAUCGACGCCAUCAUCACAAUGGACAAGGCGCCUGGUGGUGACAGGAAAAGAGACAUACAACCUGCUCAAGGCGGAAAAUCGGCGCGUAACACAGCUGUUUGUGCACGAGCUGUGGUUGGAUCAUAAGGACCGCUUAGUGCGGUGGCAUUUGAAUGGCGAUGCUGUUGCACUUUCCGUUGCAUUCGACGACGCCCCGCGGGGAGAAAACAUUCGACUCGUUUUGCCUGGCGAAGCGUCAGCGAUUUCGCACUCGAUUCCGCCGGGAACCUUUUACGUGCAAAUAUUGCAAGCCCAGCAGCUGCACGUAAGUGAAGGUGGGAAUGACCAUGCAUUGAAAGGGAAUAGUCAGCAGUCUUCUGGCGCUCUUGCUUCGAAGAGGGGAUACCCGGUGUAUGCUCGGUGUAUCCUGGAGGGAGGCAACCACAUGGAACAAACUUUGCGUGGACUGGAUGUCAAAGGAGAUGGAAAUGGGCUAGAUGAGCUCGCAACUCCAUCGUCAAAUAAAUUAGAUAAAGAGAUUCGCCGCCGUCCAUCGAAAGGAACUCGUCUCUUUCGCGGAUUGAGACGCGCUGCCGGAAUUUCAGGGGAACGGACUGUUGCGAUAUUUGGCGACCCAAGUGGAUGUGUCACGAAUAUUUGCAAGUGCUUGUCAACGACAUCCGGUGACCGCCAUAAAGUUGGGACGCUUAGCCCUGAGUGGUCAAGUAAUCUUCGGCUAGAGUUCCCAGGCUGCACCCGAGGCUUUACGUAUUUUCUAAAAGUGGAGGUGUUCCAGAGUCGCUUUAUGCUUCCAGAUGAACUGCUUGGCGUCUGCAAGAUCAACGUAACACCGCAUUUAUCGCUUGUCACGGGAUCAGCGGAUGCCAAGGCUAACGGCGCUCUUCCCCGCUGGCACAAUUUGUGUGACCAGUACAAUGAUUGCAAGGAAUCAUGGGCGCCGCCGACAGUGUUUCGGGGUCGUAUUCAGCUUGGCAUCAUUUUCGCUCCAUCAGUAACGUCUGCAACUAGUUUUUGUCAGCUGCGGCGUAUGGCAAGCGAUGGAGGGCUGCUGGAAUCAAGGCGAAGUUCUGCCGAUGAAAAGUUGCUACAAAGUUUGUCCGGCUACAACCUCCGAGAGUUCAUGCGGUCUGACAAGCGAGCGUUUUCUGGGGCAUCUGAUAUUCCAAGCGGAAGAGGAGAGCGAUACGUGUCUCGUCAACUUUGUAGCCAAACGGAUUCUUUUGACAAACGUCUGAAUGACGUCACGAGUGCAGUUGCUGCGACGGCGACUCGUGGCAACAAUGAUAAUGAGCUUGCAAGGUUAUCUCGCGAUAACCACAUCUUUUUGGGAAAAACCACACCGUUUGAUGUUCCGAAAAAGUACCAGCUGAUUAAGGUGGUAGGUGCUGGUACGUAUGGCGAAGUGGUCGCUGCAAGCGACAUUGAAUCAGGAACCACUGUUGCAAUAAAGAAAGUGACGAAUGCGUUCCAAGACCUGCCGGAUACGAAGCGAAUCCUCCGGGAGCUGUGUUUACUUCGACAGCUGAGUCACCCGAAUCUGAUCCAGCUUUAUGACAUUCCUCGGCCGGAGCGUUUAUCAUAUUUGGAGGACAUUUAUCUCGUGACGGACCUUAUGGAAACCGAUCUGCACCGUGUAAUUCAUUCUACGCAAACACUAACGGACGAGCACGUCGCACACUUCAUGCGACAAAUUCUGCGUGCCCUGACGUACUUACACUCCGCGGAUGUACUCCAUCGAGAUUUGAAGCCGUCAAACAUUUUGGUGACAAGUACAUGCGACAUCAAGAUUUGCGACCUCGGUCUAGCUCGUUAUGUGGAUUAUUCGAAAGCUAGACGUAUCAAAGGACGGUCGUCUGAUGACAUGCUUGUGGAGCUGACCGAAUACGUUGUUACGCGAUGGUAUCGUGCUCCUGAGAUUCUUUUGGAUGGGUGCUGGUACGACAAACCCUCGGAUUUAUGGUCAGCUGGAUGUAUUUUGGGUGAACUGCUUGGCCGUAAACCGUUGUUCCCGGGGUCGAGCACGACGAAUCAGCUAAACAAGAUCUUCAACGUGCUUGGUACACCUGACAUAUUUUACACUUCUAAGAUCCAGAAAGAAGCAGCGCAAAAAUGGGUCACUCGUCAACGACGGCGUCCGAAGAUUCCGUUUGAAGAGCUCUAUGUAAACGCAAAUCAGCAGGCUCUGGAUCUUCUGGAAAAGCUACUCGUGUACGACCCGAAGCAGCGUAUUACCGCUGCCGAGGCUCUUCGUCAUCCGUAUCUGCGGGAAGCAUUCCGACCGGUAGCGGACGACAACGCCGGGGAUGACGAUUCGUUCUAUUACAACGAAGCGGAGCAGAAGGAAGACCAGUUUGUGGGCACAAUUGACGACUCGAAUGAAUACGUGGCCGAGACAAAGGAAGAAAUGCAAAAGGCUGUGCAUGAGCAGGUAUGCCACUUUCACCCCGAGGCGCGCGAAUUCGAGGAGUGUCUGAAGGAGCACGACGAAAAGUUUGUGAUAGAUCCGAAAACCGACAAAUUGGUUUCGCUCAUGAACGCACGGCAGACCUGA